AUGCUCGCCGCCGCGGCGUACGAGCGCACGCCGCGGGCUGUCGUCAUCAACCUGCCGCGGCAUUCAAAGCGGCUCGACGCCGUGCGGGCGCAGCUGAGGGCGCAGGGCGUCUCUUGGGAGAAGAUGCCGGCAGUCGACGGCAGAGCGCUGUCGAAGGAGGAGCUGAAGGCGAACGUGACGGUCCUGGGCAGGCAUCUGCUAACACCGGGCAUGAUUGGCUGCUUCCUCUCCCACCGCGGCUGUUGGCGCCGCUGCGUCCAGUCUGGAAAGCCGCUGAUUGUGUUUGAGGACGACGCCGUGCUCAUGCCGUCCUUCCGCCGACGGCUCGCCGCGGCGCUGGCCGAGCUGCGCGAGGACGACGAGUGGGACGUCCUCUUGCUCGGCGCGUUUGGCUGCGUCCACCCGAGCGGCAGGUACGGCCCUCGUGACGUCUUUCGGCUGUUCGGCUUGGUGGGCGGAUGGCUCUUCUGA